CAGGGGGUCCCUGGCACUGCUGGGAUGGAUGAGGACACCCAGAGGAGACUUCCUGGAGGAGAAGAGCUGGGUCCUCCUGCAGGAGAAACCCCUCCAGUGCUGGGGAGGAAAACUCAUACCGGGGGCUGAUACCUGAAAGCGCUUUUUGCUCUCCCGUGAACUUCGGAAGCAGCGGGGACAUCGCCGGGCGGGGAUCUGCCCCAUCUCCUCCCUUCUGUAUCUGCACACCCUGCAAAUGCAGAACCCGGUACAGAACGAAGGCAUCGCUGACGUGUGGUCCAAACGCGUGCGGGAGAGGAGGAAGAGACUGCAGAUGGGCACCUUGGAUGAGUUUGAUGCGCUGGAUGACAGCCUGACCAGCCUCAUGUGGCUGCAGGACUUCUCCAUCACCAGUGCCAGCAUGGGCAAGUCCUCCUGCUGCCCCACUGGGCCGGACCCCCACGACUAUCAGAAGAUCCCCAGCUUUGCUGCCCCGUGCUCACCCCUGGCCGCUGACCCAGCGUGCAUGGGUGUGCCCCACACCCCCUGCAAGCCCAUCUCUUCAUCCACCUCGAGGACAGCACACACCAUCGUGGCCAUGAACCCUCAGCUCAUGGAAGACAUCGACUACAAGACCAACCCACACGCCAAGCCACCCUACUCCUAUGCCACCCUCAUCUGCAUGGCAAUGGAAGCCAGUGAGAAGCCCAAGAUCACCCUUGCUGCCAUCUACAAGUGGAUUACUGACAACUUCUGCUACUUCAGACAUGCUGAUCCCACCUGGCAGAACUCCAUCCGGCACAACCUCUCCUUGAACAAGUGCUUCAUCAAGGUGCCUCGGGAGAAGGGUGAACCAGGGAAAGGGGGAUUUUGGAAGCUGGACCCCCAGUACGCCGACCGGCUCAAGAACGGUGCCUUCAAGAAGCGGAAAGUGCCCCCUGUGCAGACCCAGACGGCCUUCACCCAAAACACCCAGCAGGAUCCACCAUGUACCACCAGCUCACCCUCUUUGGUUUGCACCUCCAGUAACAUCCUCAACGUCAACAUGGAGUCGCAGCAGCUGCUGAAGGAGUUUGAAGAACUCACCGAGAGCCAGAACAUGAAUCCGGUCAAUGAUGAAGUGGGGUGCAAGCGCAAGAAGCCCCUGCCCAACCGAACGGCCAAGGUAGCUCGUGUUUCCAGCUCUCCCUUGCUGACCCAGGAGGAGCAGACGGAGCUGGGGUCCCUCAAAGGUGACUUUGAUUGGUCAGCCAUCUUCAGCGCCAGCCUGAAUGAAAACUUCUCAGCUUUUGAAAACCUGGAGCUCCCACCUCCAAUCGAUCCCAUCAUAGGUGAUGUGGACCUGGAGGCACACGGCCACAUCGACGGUCCCCAGGGGCAGGAGCAGGCCCUCACCGAAUCCAACCAAACCAACCCAGACCUGGAUGAAGCCUUGAUGGCCGCAGCUUUCCUGGACAGCCCCUGGGAUGAAGGCACAAACGACUGCCUCUCCAACUGUGUCAACAUUGACCAGCUCUUUGAAGCCUGUGACGCCUCUUUGCCAGCGGAGGAGGGCAACUGGACCAGCCUCACCACCCUUGUAUAAGACACCGGUCCCCAUUUAAAGCCCAUGCAGACUUUAUGUCCCCCCCAAAUGCUGCUGGGACUUAAAGGGACAACAUUUUCUAGAGACAGAAACAUCCACAGUGACUUUUGCCACCUUUUAAGAUUACACAUAAAAACAUUUGGGGGAGGGGGGACGAACCACCAUCACACGAACUGUUUGGUAUAUCCUUAAAGGACACAUCAAAUCACUAAUUCAUGAGUUUCCUCAAGAGAAGAAUUAUAACAGUACUUAUUUUUUUACUUUUAAAGGAAGAAAUGUGAAUUAUCAUUUGAUUUUAUCCAUAGAAAUGGACAUCUAUUCCUUCAGGGCUAAAGAAGAAGCACCUGCUAAAUUCCACCCAAGACAUGAGAUUCCUGGUGGCUUAGGACUUGAUAGAAUAAGUGCAAUUUCCUUACCUUUUUUUGCUCGCUGUUUCUCUUCCCUUGUUCAGAGUAGUUGGUAGGUACAGUAUGAUCAUUAGCAGCCAAUAGAUGUCCCUUAUGGCUUCUGGAGUUCAAGCUCCCUCCUGACUUGUGCCUAGGGAAGAAGAAAAGGUUUAUCAAUUCACCAAGGCUGCCUCUUUAGACGGUUUUAUAUUAUCUAUUAUAUAUUAUAUAUUCAAAGAAACCUAUAUUUUUAGCAUUAGAAUUUCUUCCUAGUGGGGGGGAUAGGGAAAAUACAGUUUUGGGGUUUGUUUAUAUUACCACUGUUUAAAGGCUUGUUCCAUAAACCAGCACUAUAGGAGGGAAGAUUCCUGCAGCAGCAGCAGCAGCAGCAACAUGGCAAGGAGCCAGGGAUUGGUCCUGGCAGGAGCUGAGCAGGAUGCUCCCAGAACUGGCUUUUGUAAUUUUUGCACCCCAAAUCCUUGCUGUGGUUGCUGAAGGGUUUAUAUCACCAUGAACCCUCUCUGCCUUUCACCCCUUUCUGCUUUUUUGCUCCAAGACUCUUGCUCUCCACUUCUGCUCAUCCAUCAGGCUCCGAGUGGCUGAUGAAGGACCCCGGUUAAGGCUGUGCCAUAAGGAAACACCGUGGCAUGGCCAUUGAUUGGUGGCAACUGGGUCACUUCACAUUCUAUGCUCCCAGGUGGGACCGAGGAGGAAAGAAAUCCACAUGAAGCCUCCAUCCAGGAGCUCAGACUGUGUGUGCAGCAGGCUAUGGUGAUGGCAGGGGAAAUGAAGUCACAUCCAUCUGGGAGAGCUAUUGGGACUGACACCAACUGAAGCUCUGUGCAGUGAGAAUAUGGCCGGUAUCUGCAAAUGAACAUUUCAGGAGCGAAGCCAAAUGCUGCUGGAACUUGACUUGAAGAUCUCAAGAACUGGAUUCUUUACCUCUCUUCACUAUAGGUUUAGAGUUAAGAGUAGCCUUUAGGUAGGAGGAAGCAGAAGUUGUAGUUUUAGUGAUAUGUUUUAGUCUUAUAUAGAAUUGGAAGAUUGGAAAGAGUUUCUUUUUUUGUUACUAAAGCACUUAGGACCUUUCAUAGGAACAAUAGGAUUUAGCAAGAGUAGAGCUGUAGUGUAAGAAUCAAUAAACAAGCCUUUCAAACAACAA